AACUUGAUGGGCCAGAUUGCUGCGGGUCAUCUUGUUUAGGAAAUAACUUAUACAGAAUUUAAUAGAAACUAUGGUCUCAAGGUGUGUGUGUGUGUCCGAUACAUGGGCGCGAAGGUGGGGCAGCGGCUUUGUCCUCCUGGGAUCGCCUCGGUGCUGAUGGGAGGACAGGUUUGUCAAGUUUGGCCUGGCUGCACAAAGACAAACGGGUAGCGGUGAUAGCUGAGGGGCUGACUGCCGCCUGGGACAAUGUUCAGCGCCAGAAUCGAAGCCAGUUAAUAAUAAUUACUAAUGACAAACUGCGCAGUUCCCGGCGGAAUCAGGGGUGCGUAUCGCUGGGAACAGAGGCACAGCCGACGGCACGGGGUAGCUGCGCGGCUCCUCCGAGAGCGGGCGCGGCUCCCGGGGCUCCCGGAGCUCCUUGGGCCUCGCAGGCGGCGGGGAAGCGUCAGAGCCCGGCGGGGACCGGACAGCGCGGGGCCCGGCCCGCACCCGCGCCACUGCCGCUUUAAGGGGGCGUGGCCUCGAGGCAUCGGGCCAUGGGCGGGGGGCGGAGUCUCCCCAAGAGCCAAUGGGCGCGCUCGGCCCCGCCCCGCCCCGCCCGCGGCUGAGGAGAGGAAGCGGCGCGCACCGCAGGCCGAAUCCGCAGAGCCCCGAGAACCGGAGGGAACGGAGAGACCCGGGGGAACAGAGAGACCCGAACGCCGCUGCCAUGGCCGAAGCUGACAUUGCUUUGAUUGGACUGGCCGUGAUGGGUCAGAACCUGAUUUUGAACAUGAAUGACCACGGCUUCGUGGUCUGUGCUUUUAACAGGACAGUUUCCAAAGUGGAUGAUUUCCUGGCUAACGAGGCCAAGGGAACCAAAGUGAUUGGUGCUCACAGCCUGGAGGAGAUGGUCUCCACGCUGAAGAAGCCCCGUCGCAUUAUCUUGCUGGUGAAGGCUGGAAGUGCAGUGGAUGACUUCAUUAAUAAAUUGGUGCCAUUGUUGGAGACUGGAGACAUCAUAAUUGAUGGUGGGAAUUCUGAGUAUAGAGAUACCACGAGGCGUUGUAAGGAGCUACAGGCAAAGGGCAUCUUGUUUGUGGGAAGUGGAGUUAGUGGUGGGGAGGAGGGUGCCAGAUAUGGACCUUCUCUCAUGCCAGGAGGAGCCAAGGAAGCCUGGCCCCACAUCAAGACCAUAUUUCAAAGCAUUGCUGCUAAAGUGGGAUCUGGGGAACCUUGUUGUGACUGGGUGGGAGAGGAAGGAGCUGGACAUUUCGUGAAGAUGGUGCACAAUGGGAUUGAGUAUGGAGACAUGCAGCUGAUCUGUGAGGCCUAUCACCUGAUGAAGGAUGUGCUGGGCAUGGAGCACGAUGAGAUGGCAAAGGUAUUUCAGGAAUGGAAUAAGACAGAGUUGGACUCUUUCCUGAUUGAAAUCACAGCCAAUAUUCUCAAAUUCAAAGACAGUGAUGGCAAAUACCUCCUCCCAAAGAUCAGGGACAGUGCAGGGCAGAAAGGCACGGGGAAGUGGACAGCCAUUUCUGCUCUGGAAUACGGAGUCCCGGUCACACUCAUCGGUGAAGCUGUGUUUGCACGGUGCCUGUCUUCCCUCAAGGAGGAGAGAGUGCAGGCCAGUCAGCUGCUGGAAGGGCCCAAAAUGACUCCAUUCAGUGGGAACAAGAAGGCCUUCCUGGAGGACAUCCGCAAGGCCCUGUAUGCUUCCAAGAUUAUCUCAUAUGCUCAAGGCUUCAUGCUGCUGAGACAAGCAGCCAAAGAAUUUGGCUGGACACUGAAUUAUGGUGGUAUUGCACUGAUGUGGAGGGGAGGCUGCAUCAUCAGAAGUGUGUUCCUGGGAAAAAUCAAAGAUGCUUUUGAUCGAAACCCUGAGCUCCAGAAUUUGCUGUUGGAUGAUUUCUUUAAGAAAGCUGUAGAAAACUGUCAGGAGUCCUGGCGCCGUGUGAUCAGUACUGGUGUGCAGAUUGGAAUCCCUAUGCCCUGCUUCACUACAGCACUUUCUUUUUAUGAUGGAUACAGGCAUGAGAUAUUGCCAGCUAACCUGAUUCAGGCUCAGCGUGAUUACUUUGGUGCACAUACAUAUGAAUUAUUAUCAAAGCCGGGGGUAUUUAUCCAUACUAACUGGACAGGCCAUGGAGGAAAUGUGUCCUCUUCUGCUUACAAUGUCUAAUGGAAAUUCUUCCACUUGGAGCCGAGAUACUGUAGAUCUCCAACAUUUCUUCUAGAAUAUCACUUUUUACUGUACUCCACUAGAACUUGUGUUUGGACACUUUUGUAAUAACUUGGGGGUGUGUUUCAUACCUAUAUGUAUAUCUCUCUAUAUGUAUCAUAUAAGAAAACUAAAUAAAUUUAGUUAUAAAUGUA